UUUACUGCCUCUCUUCCACUGCUGUUGAGACAGCCGUCAGUGACAUACCUCUGUUAGAGUGCUAAAGAGCAGGGCCCUUGAGAAGAGUGUAGUGUGAGACGAGGUGAAAAGCACACGCAAAGAGCUGAGUUGAACUUCUCUUACAGCAGGAGUCCCAAACGUCAGUUUUAUAUUUUGGAAAAUCUGAUUGUUUUAAGAAAAUGAAUAUCCAAACGUGUGCUAGAUGUGGCUUUGUGGUGUAUCCAGCUGAAAAAAUCAACUGCAUUGGCCAGAACUGGCACAAAUCCUGUUUCCACUGUGAAAUAUGUAAGAUGACCUUAACUGCAAAUAAUUGUGUGAGUUACAAGAAAAAGCCAUACUGCCAAGUACAUAAUCCUAAACUCAACACAUUCACCAGUGUUUAUGAGACGCCAUUUAACAUAAAUGCCAGAAAGCAAUCACAAGCUGUCAGUGAGGUUAAAUACAGAGAAGAAGGUGAAAAAUAUAAAUCAAUUUUUCAUUGGGACAUCAAAUCCAGAGAAGUGGAACACACUUGUAACUUAAGCCAUAUUGCGAGCCAGACAGAAUAUAAGCAUGGCCAUGAAGAGCAUCUUUCAAAGUAUACAUCAGUGACAGAUACGCCCCAGAUACUGCAUUCCAAAGCUACAAGUCAGCUCGCCAGUGAUGUUAAAUAUGUAGAAGAUUAUCAACAACUUAAAGGAAAAGGCAGUUUCCCUGCCAUGAUAACGCCUGGAUAUCAGCUUACAAAGAAAGCAAACAUUUUAGCUAGUGAUGUGGAGUACAAGCGUGGACAUGAGGAGCGAGUUUCAAAAUACACAUCAGUUGCUGAGACCCCAGAUGUGCUUCUAGCAAAGACAAGUGGACAGCUGUCUAGUGAUUAUGCGUACACUGAAGAAUACCAGCAGCAGAGAGGCAAAGGCAGCUACCCAGCAUUGAUUACACCGGCAUAUCAGAUUGCCAAGAAAGCAAAUGAGCUGGCCAGCAAUAUUAAGUACCAUCAGAAGUAUGAGACGGAGAUUAAAGGGAAAGGAAGCAGCGAAGUUGCAGCAGGAAAUGUGGAACAGUAUGCUUACCCGGAGGAUUAUGAACAGCACAGAGGGAAAGGAAGCUUCCCAGCAAUGAUCACACCAGCCUAUAACAUUGCCAAGAAAGCCAAUGACCUUGCAAGUGAUGUGAAAUACAAGAAAGACCUUCUGAAGAUGAAAGGAGCAGCUCAAUACCAUACUUUAGCAUCAGAUGAAAAUUUAACACUGAAGAGUGCCCAGAAGAUCAACAAACUGGUUAGCGAGGUGGCAUAUAAAAAAGAUCUGGAAAAUAUCAAAGGUCACAGCAUUAACUACUGCGAAACCCCUCAGUUUAAGAAUGUGUCUCGAAUCUCUAAAUACACAAGUGACGUUCAGUACAAGCAAAACUACCAGAGUCAAAUGAAAGGACAUUACGAAGGCACUGGCAUGGAUAGGAAAACACUGCAUGCCAUAAAAGUCAAAAACCUGGCCAGUAACGUUGCUUAUAAGUCAGACUAUGAGCAAGACAAAAACAGCCAAGUGGAGUAUAAUUACCCAGCCACUAUGACACCUUCCUAUUUAACUCAGAAGAAACUCGAGCCCCUGAAAGACGUCAAUUACAAACAGCACAUAGAUAGAGUGAAAUACACCACAGUGACGGACACUCCAGAUAUAAUGCAAGCAAAGAUCAAUGCUCGUCAGUUCAGUGAUUUAAACUAUCGAUCUCAGUAUGAGAAGACUAAAACAAAAUACACUUUGCCUCAAGAUGUUCCACAGAUUAAAAAAGCAAAAGCCAAUUCUGAGCUUUUCAGUGACAUUAAAUACAAGCAAAACUGGGAGAACACCAAAUCCAAAGCAUGUGACAUAAAUCUAGACAGCUUCUCAUUAAGAGCUGCCAAAGCAUCUCGGGAUUUGGCGAGUGAUAUAAAAUAUAAAGAAGCGUAUGCGAAAGUUAAAGACAAAGCAGUGGGUGUGAACAUGAGUGACUCCAAGACGUUACAUUCAUUACAAGUCUCCAAAAUGAGCAGCGAGAUUGCCUACAAAAAGGAUUCCAAAGACGUUCAAUCCAAAUGCCAUCUGCCAAUGGAUAUGGUCAGUGUGAGUCAUGCCAAGAAGGCACAAUCUUUGGCAAGUGACUUGGACUACAGGAAGAGGCUGCAUGAGUAUACUGUGCUGCCAGAUGAUAUUAAGGUGAAAUGGGCGAAGAAAGCAUACAACCUUCAGAGUGAGAACCAGUACAGAGCUGACCUGUCAUGGAUGAAAGGAGUUGGAUGGGUUACUGAAGGAAGCCUUGAUGUUCAACAGGCAAAGAAAGCAGGAGAUCUAGUCAGUGAGAACAAAUAUAGGCAGAAAGUAGAUGCCAUGAAAUUUACCCAGGUGGCUGAAACUCCUCUCAUCAAACAUGCAAAGAAAAGCCAAGAACUCCAAAGUGAUCUUAUGUACAAAGCAGGUACUGAGCAGACUCUUCAUCAGUACACACUGAGCAAAGAUGAGCCACUGUUCAGACAAGCUAAAGCAAACGCUGAAUAUUUGAGCCAGAAAGCAUACAGGAGUAUGUGGGAAAAGCAGAAAGACAAAGGAUUUGAACUGCGUUUGGAUGCACUCUCCAUCCUAGCAGCUAAAGCAAAGAGGGAUCUUGCAAGUGAUAUUAAAUACAAGGAAGAAUAUGAGAAGACUAGAGGCAAGAUGAUUGGUGUAAAAGGCAUUCAGGGGGACUCCCAGUUGGCCCAUUCCAUGCAAGUGUCCAAGUUGUCGAGCGACUUGGAGUAUAAGAAGGAAUAUGAAGAUAGUAAGACUCGGUAUAUCACGUCCUUGGACAUGCUUAGUCUAGUUCAUGCUAAGAAGGCUCAAGAAUUGGCCACAGAUACUCAAUACAAAACCUCCUUGCACCAGUAUACCUCUCUGCCCACGGAUAUGAAAGUGGAAUGGGCCAAAAAGGCGUAUGGAAUACAGAGUGAUAAUCAAUACAAGUCGGAUUUGAACUGGAUGAAGGGAGUUGGCUGGAUGGUGGCAGGGUCUUUAGAUGUGGAACAAGCAAAGAAGGCUGGAACACUAGUUAGCGAGAACAAAUACCGUCAGCACCCGUACGCUCUGAAGUACACCAGCGUUCAAGACACCCCAGAGAUGCUGCAAGCCAAAAUCAGCUACAAGCAGGCUGUCGAUAGGAUAUACAAAGAGAAAGGAGAAAACACCAAGCACCGUUAUACAGCAGUAAGUGAUCUGCCGGAGCACGUACAAGCAAAACUCAACGCAGACCAUAUCAGUGAGACGCGUUAUAAGGAAUCUUGGAAAAAGCUUCGAGAUGCUGGGUACACACUGAAGCUCGAUGCCAUUCCAUUCCAGUCAGCCAAAACAUCGGGUGCAAUUAUCAGCGAUUACAAGUAUAAAGAAGCCUUUGAAAAAACAAAAGGACACAUGAUUGGUCUAAAGAGCUUGGAAGAUGAUAUGAAGAUGGCUCACUCUGUCCAAGCCGGGAAGCUGCAAAGUGAUAUUAAGUACAAGCAAGAAUCAGAGAAAACAAGAUCCCAGUUUUACCUUCCUAUGGAUAUGAUCGAUUUUGUACACGCAAAGAAAGUUCAAUCUUUAGUCAGCGACCAGGACUACAAACAUAUACUUCACCAGUACACCUCCCUGCCUGAUGACAUGAAGCUGCAGUGGGCAAAGAAGAGCUACGAGCUGCAAAGCGAGAAACUCUACAGAUCUGAUCUGAACUUCUUGAGAGGAGUGGCCUGGAUAAGCACAGGAGCUGUGCAGAUUGAGGGAUCUAAAAGAGCUACAGAUCUCAUCAGUGAGAAAAAAUACAGACAGCAACCAUAUUCAUUCAAGCAUACUGCUGUCACUGAUUCUCUUGAUCUCCUUCAUGCCAAACUCAGUAGCACAAUUGCCAAUGAGCGUCUUUACAAAGAAGCAGGGGAGACCUCCAGACAUCAUUAUACCCUGAACCCUAAUCAGCCUGGUCUCAUGCUUGCCAAGAUGAAUGCUGCCAAUUUUAGUGAGUCAAGAUACAGGGAGUCCUGGAACAAACUACGUGCACAGGGUUACACUCUGACCACAGAAGCGAUCCCAUUUAAGACGGCGAAAUCAUCUGGGAGCUUUGCCAGCGAUUAUAAUUACAAGCACAAUUUUGUGCUGGAAAAGGGCAAGCACAUUGGCUCCAGAAGCAUUUUUGAUGACCCCAAGCUCCUGCACUGCUUGCAGAUGGCAAAACUGCAGAGUGAUCAGUGCUACAGAAAGGAAUUCAAAGACACGAGUGGGCAGUUUCAUCUUCCUCUGGACAUGGUCAACCUGGUCCAUGCCAAGAAGGCUCAGACUCUGGCUAGCAAUCUGGACUACAAGAGCCAGAGCCAUAGCUACACACUGCUGUGUGACGACAUGAAGGUUCAGUGGGCAACAAAGGCUCAUAAACUGCUGAGUGAGAAACUAUACAAGUCAGAUCUGAACUUCAUGAAGGGUGUAGGCUGGAUACCCAUAGGCACCCCACAAAUUGAGACUGCAAAGAAAGCAGGGGAGCUGGUGAGCGAGAAGAAGUAUCGGCAGCACCCUGACCACCUGAAGCACACCGCUGUGGCCGAUUCAUUGGAUGUACUCCAUGCUAAGAACAGCUACCUGCAGUGCAGUGAGAGGCUCUACAGGUCGGGAAAUUCAGAGUCUAUGCAUCAGUACACUCUGCCCCCAGACCACCCUGAUUUUAUCAGAGCCCGCAUGAACGCACAGCACAUCAGUGACAAGGUUUACAAAACAUCCUGGGACCAGGUCAGGUCAGCUGGCUACGACUUGCGCCUGGAUGCCAUCCCUUUCCAGACUGCUAAAGCCUCAAGAGAAAUCGCGAGUGAUUUCCGCUAUAAAGAAGCUUUUAUUAAAGACAAAGGCCAGAUGAUUGGUUUCCACAGUGUUGACGAUGACCCCAGAAUGAAACACUUCUUGUCAGUCGGCAAACUCCAGAGUGCCAACGAAUAUAAGAAACAGUUUCAGGAAAACAGAUCACACUACAAGAUCCUGGCAGACCAGCCCGGAUUUGUUCACGCCAAAAAGAGCCAGCAGCAGGCCAGCAAUCUGAGCUACAGACAGCAUCUCCAUCAGUACACGUGUGACCCUGAGCAGCUGAAUCUGAGACAUGCCAAGCAGGCCUACAAACUGCAGAGCGACGUUAAUUAUAAAUCAGACCUGAACUGGCUCAAGGGGAUUGGCUGGACGCCCCCUGGCUCAUACAAAGUUGAAAUGGCCAGGAGGGCAGCUGAACUGGGCUACUCCCAGGGGCUGGACCCUCAGGACGCUGCAGCACAGCCUGAGCAGUCAAUGGUAAGUCAGAAUUUGCAGAACGAAGAAUUUCAGCAGAGCGGAGUGAAUCCUGAUGCUACCGAGAUCCUCAGCGUGAAAAAGAAAAAAGGAUACACACCUAAAAAGAUGAUGUAGACUCUUGUGUGCAUUUUCAAUACAGUAGAAGAAAAAGACAACACCACUGUCCGGCAGCUCACUGUACAACAAAAGGCCGAUGCUCAGUUCGCCAAGAGUGGAUAUAAAAUAGCUGCAUUUCUAGUGAUUUGUGGGAAAAAAUAAACAGAGGUACAAACGAUCGAGAAAAACAGUUGAUAUUUUCGUGCCAUGUGAAGCACAACUUUAAAAGAAGUAGAGAUCAGUGAAGUUUAUUAUUUUUAACAGAUGGUAGAAUUGAGGUGUCUGACAGGUUCAGCUGUGUAUGAAACAGAAACUGUUUGAAGCUUUUUUUAGAGUUGCUUUACCCCCAAACGCAAAGCAUUAUGCUGCACUGCACCUCAGACCGAUCGGUACGGUCAUAUGUGCCUGUUUUAAAUUCAAUAAAUAUUGUAAUACAGUA